UAUCUUCUGUUACUAAGCAACAUGAUGACGUAUUUAUAGUACAGUCAAUCUUAAGUAGAAAGAAGAAAGAUUUUACUUUUUCUUUGCCUGAAGCAAAAUUAUUCCAAAUAUGACUGAACAUUUUCGAACAAAAGCUUAAAUAUUUAUCAAGACUCUACCAUAGUGCUGAAAUUUAUUAUUUACAAUGGAUAAAGCAUGAUUUAAAUAUAUUUUAUUUUAUAUUAUUUGAAAGUUUAGAGUUUAAAACAGUGUUUACUUGAAGUUAAUUAUAUAUUUCAAUAAAAAAAAAUGAUACGAUUUCACAACAGCGAAAUUAAUCUCAAAAGCAGUGUGUAUAACCUGGCUGGAGAAAAUUAUUUUGAACAGUUGUCUGCCUAUAAUUCUAUGCGAUUUCACAUACGUCGAGUUUUGUUAGCAAAAAGUGUUGUGGAUACUAAAAAUAAAAAAUAUAUAAAUAAUAAGAAAAAACAGUUAAAAGUACAACUUCCCAGGAGAUUCAGUUUAGAUAAUUUUGUUGACCAAUUGGCUUUUGAUACCAAGCAUCAUCCUAUGGAUAUUCUUCGGAUGAAUUUAGAUAAAUAUUCUUCACAUUACGCAAAAGAAGUGAAUUGUGAAGUAUAUCCAUGUAAUAUAAACAACAUAGAUCUUUCACGAUUGAAAAUGCAAGCUACUGAUACCGAGAGUAACGAUCAAAAUAUUUAUCAAAAUCAUUCAGUGCCAAAAUCAAAAAAGAUAUUAUCACAAAGUCGACAAAAAACUACUGGAAAAAAGCAUAUCAAAGACUUGAAUUCAAAAAAACAUAAGCAACAUUUACAAUGUAUCAUUCAGAGAAAAUGCAGGUGUAAUGAAAAACCAGUUUAUGUUACCUGUGAAAAUCCUUUCAAAUCACCCACAAAUCUGUAUCUUUCUGAUUCUGAUACAAGUUCCAAUUCUGUUGUACAAGAAGAUCAUGCUUCUUCGUCAUUAUCAAGUCCAAUACAAAAUUAUACACGUAAACAUACAGAAAUUCAAGCGAAAGAGGAUGCAAGAUACAUUAAGUUUGCUUAUGAGAUUACCAAAGAAAUUAUUAAAAGUGGUAUAUAUACUGAUAAAGAACUGAAUGAAAUAUUUAAAAAACAUUUAAAACGAUAUAGAACUACACUUGAUCUGCAUAGAAUGUUAAAAGAGAUAUAUCAAUUGAAAACUUUCUUAAAUAUGUCAGAAAAAUCUGAUGAAUCGGAUGAUGAUGAUAUAGAAUUUUUUAAUAUAAAUCAAAUACAGCAACAUGAAAUCAGACCACCAACUCCACCAAAGGUGCUGGAUGAGAAUAAAGUAAUAGGAAAGUUAUUAUCCUAUCAAAAAUUAAUGGAAACUCAAUGUAAUAAAAAACCAAGAUGUCGAAAGUCAGUUGUUUUGAUUGAUGCAAAUCCAGAACUCCUUGUAACAGAGCGUGAUGUGCUUACAUCAUUAUUAGAAGUUGGCAUAGAUCCUAAACAAGCAGAAAAUAUUUGUAAGAGUUUACAGAAUAAGAGCAUGGAAACAGUCCUUAACAAUAUGGCAGAAUUAAACAUAGAAACAUUUUCUAAUAAAUCAGAAGAUGUGAAUUUUCAAACAGAGAGUACAACUUGUAUAGAAAUGAAUGAAGAUGAAAACGAAGAUUUUAUUAACAAUGAGAUAUUGAAAAAAGAGAAUAAUAAGAGCUCAACCACUGAUGAUCUUUCAUCAAAACAAGAUGAAAUAAUCCAAACACCGCGAAACCCAGUAACUCUACUCAAUGAUAAUUAUACAGAGCCCAAACAGAGCAGCUGAUAAUAUUUGUUACUCUGUAUAUAGUUAACAAAUAAGUUUAUGUUUUUGUGGUGUAAAAUAUAUUGAUAUUGUGUUAAUUGUAUAUACAUUAAUUAUAUUAGUGUAUGUAACAAGUAAUUGUAAAAU